AUGCACCCUGGGGCCCCUGCAACCCCUGGGGUCCCUGAACCUGGACCCCGAGAGCUGUGUGCCUUUGUGAGUGGGGCUGCUGCUCACAUGCUGCGGGCCCUGCAGCCCAGGCGCACCCGGCCCCCCAAGAGGAGGCCGAACCACCGGAGGUUCCUGCAUAACCAGAUCUGCAGGCAGUUUGCCAAGAUAGAAGCUGCCACUCAGCGCCUGGCUCUAUCCAUUUUAUCCCAAGAGGCACCUCCCCACAGACCUGCACCCCGAAGGCCGCCCCCACCACCUCCAUCUCCCUUCCUGGGGGUGGCCUGUGCUGAGGCCCCCAGGGAGGAGCCCCACGCCGGCCCCAGCCUGAGCCUUGCUGCGCUGGACACCUCCACCCCUGACCUCUUCGAUGACAUCGUACUCACUCCAGAGUGUCCCUCCGUGACUUCUGAACCAUUCCCGCAGACUCUGACCACGGACAUCCCCCAGCUGACCUCCCUUCCCAACAUGUCCCGGAGGCAGCGGCUGAACCAGGGGCUCUCAGAUGGGCUUGGGUGGACAGAUCCUUCACCCCGCCCCUCCGCGCGCCUCUACCGUCCAGUCAAAAUCUAG